AUGGAGUUGGACUUGGAUGCGGUAUCACAGGUACUGGAGAGGUUUUUGGGCACGUCCUCUUCUCAACGGGGUUCUCUGCCAGCUUCAAAAGUGAAGGCAAGUAAACGCACACCCUCCCAGCCUCACGGUGGGCCUCACGGAGAUUCUUUCCACAGGGACGAUGGAAAACGGGAGCUAAAGGCGGGCACAGAGACGAAUCAGGAAAAUUUUAUUGAGAAGGAUUGCGGGACACAAGAAAUGUUGUUUUUGCCACGAGAGAAAAAGCAACGACAAAAACAACAGGAGCAACACUGCAAACACCAUAAACCUUCCACAAAUUUUGUUAUUUCCUCUAAUCAAGUUCUCUGCAGGGUUGUUGAAGCAAGUGGUCUUGGUGCCUCUGCUGUUUUGCUUAGUACCGCCACCACUGGCAAACGUCGAGAGGACAGAGCUUGGACGAGCAACCUCAACCAAAAUCCACAUCCUUUUGUUGUCUUGAAGUCAUUAUCCAAGAACUAUUUACGUAAGGAAAUUUUUUCUCACGUGACGCCAACGACGAAUUCCACAGCCACUCGUAUCGAGCGUGUAAGGGAUAUUGCGUUAUCCAUUGUAUUUGACGAUGUCGUUGAUGCUGCGGGAGAAGCAGAGUCACCGAUUGAGCGCCUUGUCGUAUCGUGCUCUAACCACCCACGCACAGGCUACGUUAGCGUCCUUCGUGUGAAGGAAAUUGAAGGAUUUUUCAUUCGUGCGGUGAUUCCAGGCUCCUUAAUGGGACCGUUUAUGAAAUUGACAUUGUUUCCCAGAGAUGCAAUUCGAGUAAAAGUUUUGCGUGUGAGAGCGAUAGAAUUGGCCUUUGCAGAUAGUUGGACAGAGCGUCGUAUUAUUGAGGAACCUCUCAGUUUCUUGUCCGAAGAAGAAAACGAGGAAGAAGCGAGGCCUAUGGACCCCAUAUCAUUUCCACAGGAGGUGCAUGAGAGAGAAAAAGUGGGGGAAGAUUAUCCCGGUAGCGUUCCAACACCACAGUCAGUGAAGGACCUGGUGGAAAUGGUGGAAUCUUCGUUGGCAUCUUCUACGGUUCCUAUUUCUUCCGUUGAGACUGCACUGGGAGAUGGCGAAAGUGUUUUGGAUGCAUAUGAUUUGCAGAAACAGUUUGAACGCACGAAAUCGGUGAAAUUAGCUCCUGUAUUGCAAGCGACAAGGGAAAAAGCGGGGGCAAGCGAAAUGCAGCCUCAGAAUGGGGCUCGAGGGGCAUACAACAUGGCUCCAAUUAAAUCUUCUGAUUUCAAGGCAAUGAAUUCUCGUGUUGGCAGUGUAAAAGGAAGCAAUGAAAUACUCCCCGUGGCGAGUAAUACUUUUCUGGCGCACGAUUUGGGUCUUAUACGUCGUAAUAAAAAUUCUGAAGAACGUAAAACAGCGCCCCAUUUCGUUUCAAUCGGCGAAGGUGACUGUACCGCGUCGAAAGCACAUUGUACUGAAACUGAAAUUGGCAGGAAAAAUAUGUCGAAGGCUUUGAUUGCGUGGAGUAUUAAGCGACGGCUUCUCCAGGACAAAAAGAUCAUGAGUUCCCUACAAGCGGAAAGGGAUACUCCAUAUGAUGUGGCUUCUUUUGAUUUUGUCGGCCAGCAGGAGAUACGAGGGACUCAUAAAAUUAAAUUCGACAGCCAAAGCCAUGGUGUAUUUGGAUCACAGGAGUCUGUGCAGGCGCGUUGCACGUGGGAUGCAGUAAUUCACCGGAGCCGUCAGGAUGCACUGUGGGAAUUAAUGACAAAUUCAAAAACUUUUAUUGUGACAAUUGCGCGUACAUCCGAUGAAGUUGUUGCCUCCCUUUCUCAGUCCUGUGCUUUACAGAUGCUUUUCAUAUUGUUUUGUGAAGCCCAAGGUUCGGCAUCUUCGUCAGUUGAUUGCUUUAACCUCAUGAUAACAAUUGCUCACGCCGAACGUCGACGCGGUCGUGAGACAGAACUUAUUUUUCGAACGAAGGAUGGGUUUGCCUGCUUGUUGCAUCCGCACCGCGAUUCGGAUAUGAAAAGGCAAUGGUUAAUGGUUUCUGUGCAGAAUCACCCAGAUUCUGUGAACGAUUGGCUGUUAGAAUCACUAGAUCUUUAUGAAAAAAAUGGAGGCUUACAGAAGUUUCAGGAACUACGGUCCGAGAAUUCCAUUACGCCAUUUAACGCCACGGAGGGACGGAUUCCCUUGUGCAAAACAGCAGUGCUGCAUUCUGUUGUUGAUUUUGCAUGUCUGUUUGAAUUGUUGUUGCCUACACUGAGGGCUUGGCUGACCGUAUGUGACCUCCGCUACUAUGGUGAUAUACAUCCUCUUUUGCACCCCUUUAUCGAUGAGUGUGGUGUCAUCCACCCCACGAAUUGGUUUCAAUGUGUCCUGCAUGGGACAGUACGGUCCGUGCUGUUGUCUUUGCCGAACGCGGAGUGUGGUGCAACAAGUUGUGACGAUCCGCGUGGGAUGCUGUCCACGGCGCGGAGAAGACUUGCAUGUAUAACGCUUCGUAGACAUGUGUUUUUUUCUGCGGUUUGGCAGCCAAAUCUUCACGCCGUGAAGGUUGUGCUAUCAAAUGAACAUGUGCUUCAUCACAUAGAGUUGCUAGACGGUGUGUUGCUGGAUCGCCAUGGCUUGGCGGUGACUGAAUUUCUUUCGCCUGACUCGCUAAGCAAAAUAGAACUUCUUGACGAGGACAGCACCCAGAAUAGAUGCAGAUUUUCACGUGGCACAUGUGCCACCGCUGGAGGUUCGGUGGCGGCCGCGGCGGGAUUCUCUGGCAACACCGACACAACAAGUUCCCUAGCUUUUCAGGUUUUGAGUACCGCCCUUCAGCGAUCGUGGGUGGUAGUGGGAAUGGCGCUUUCUUUGAGGAUAUCGUUUGACGAAGAUGCAUUCAUGGACACGGUACUUCGCUGGGCGUAUGCCUUACCCCGGACCAUUGUUCUGUUCUACAUGGACUACCCACCUGGGCAGGAGCCAUCAAUUCAUCUUUCCACGGGGUUUCUUGAGGCCUUUGCCCCCGUGACUGGACUGAAGAACGCAAUAGAGGGUGUUUCCGCUAACCCAUAG